AUGCUACAUUCAUCAAAAGAAGGCGAACGGGCGGCGCCGCAGUUGAAGUACCGGGGCGUGAGGCGGCGGCCGUGGGGCAAAUGGGUGGCGGAGAUCCGCGACCCGCACAAGGCCGCCCGCGUGUGGCUCGGCACCUUCGCGACGGCGGAGGACGCGACGCGCGCAUACGACAGGGCCGCGCUCCUCUUCCGCUGCAGCAGGGCCAAGCUCAACUUCCCCGAGGACGUCCGCCUCCGUCCGCCUUCUUCCUCCUCCGCUUCCGCUGCCGCCGCUGCUGAUCCCCCGAUGCCGGGUGCGGCCGCAGUGAGCGACUACUUGGCCUACUCGCGGCUGCUGCUGGGCUCGCCGGAGGGCCUACUAGAUCAGUUUGUCGCCUACGACGCCCGCGCAUCUCCGGCGAUGCAGGGCGGCUGCAGUUCCUUGCCUUUGCGCUCGUUUCCGGUCUCCUCUGUUUCGUCUUCCACUCGUACUCCUUUCGACGCUCCGAGCGAAGCAGCUGAGCUGCAGAUAAUAAACUGGGGAAGAGGAGGAGGAGGAGGAGGAGGAGGGGCAGAGGAGUCGGCGGAGAGUUGGACGGACUCAAUCGAGUUUCCUCCGCACUUGCUAAAUUGA